UAAUGUGAGCGGACCUCCAGCGCUAACUCCCAUCAUCCGGACCCCAGGAGCCUCACCCUAUGGACACUGCAUCCCUCACUGCCUGGACGCUGCUUCGCUUAGCCAUUUGGAGCCCUCACUGCUCUGCGAUUGCUUUGUAUCUGCCGGAGGAUAAUUAAGAGUCCAUUGAUUUUGGUUGAAAAUUGGCUGUCACCCAGUUUGAAAAUGAAGAGACCCUGUGAUGACAGCAGCUCGGACAGUGACAUGGAUGAGACCAUUGAUGUAGGGAGCGAGAAUAAUUAUUCCGGGCACAGCAGCGGAUCAUUAAUUCGAUCCAAUUCCCCUACGACAACCUCGCAGAUCAUGGCCAGAAAGAAGCGGAGAGGGAUCAUAGAAAAACGCCGGCGUGAUCGUAUCAAUAACAGCCUGUCUGAAUUAAGACGACUUGUGCCGACUGCCUUUGAAAAACAAGGAUCUGCAAAGUUGGAAAAGGCUGAAAUUCUUCAGAUGACUGUAGAUCAUUUGAAGAUGUUACAGGCAACUGGGGGUAAAGGUUACUUUGAUGCACACGCUCUGGCUAUGGAUUUCAUGAGCAUUGGUUUCAGGGAAUGCUUAACAGAAGUUGCAAGAUACCUUAGCUCUGUCGAAGGCCUGGACACAUCAGAUCCAUUGCGAGUGCGGCUAGUUUCUCACCUCAACACGUGUGCCUCACAAAGGGAGGCGGUAGCCAUGACUUCUUCAAUGGCACAACACCAGCAUUCCAUGCAUCCUCAUCAUUGGGCAGCGGCCUUCCACCACCUACCUUCAGCUUUGUUGCAGCAGAAUGGACUUUUAUCACCUGAUAACAUUCCUUGCAGACUUUCCACAGCUACAGAUUUCCCACCACAGCACAGCUCCGCCAUGCUCACUGCUACGUUUGCUCAUGCAGAUGCUGCGCUUAGAGUGCCCUCUUCAGGUAGCAUUGCUCCUGGCAUCCCUCCACUAUCUACCUCCUUGCUCUCCCUUUCAGCCACAGUACAUGCGGCAGCCGCUGCAGCUGCCCAAAAUUUUCCCUUGUCCUUUGCUGGAGCAUUCCCUGUUCUGCCACCGGGGGCAGCAGCAGCAAUGGCGGCUUCUGCUGCCACUGCCAUUUCUUCUCCAUUAUCUGUAACGUCAAGUCCUCGGCAGGCUGGCAGUGCAAACAGUAAGCCUUACAGGCCUUGGGGAACUGAAGUGGGGGCAUUCUAAUUUCCUAUGCACAAUAGGUGGACUGGAUUAUUUUUUUAACUGUGUGCAGAGUCUGCAUAUGCCAUAAACAUGAAUGAAGUGUCAUGUCUGAAAUAUUGGUCUGGGAGAAAGAAUGCUAUGUCCAAGAGUUUUUUUUGUAGAUGUUUGGUGUGAUUCCUUGCAACUUCGUUAUGGCAUAAUGUUUAACAAGCUUUGGCAACAGUAGAAAUGUACAAACCAUGACCCAGAAAGAGACAGUUGCUCUGAGCAACAGCUGAGAAUGGGCUAUUUUGUAUGUUGAUUCUCUUUGUACAGUAUUUAAGGUCACCACUAUCUGAAGAGGAUAUACGAAGAGCAGAGUUUUAGACCAUACUUGUGGACCCAUGAAAGAACAGCUGGACUAGAAUCUUGACCUCAUUUUGUUUACCGAAGCCCCCAAAAUGCUACAAAGAAGAGACGUGCAACAAAAGACAAAAAACCUGAGGAUAUCUGCCAUUAUUUGCUAUUUUUUUUAGUAAAUGCCUUGCAGGAGUUUUGCCAUUUAAUAUUUUGUGCCCCAGGUGUCUGCCGUCACCAGAAUCUUCCUCUAUGUAUUUGUCUCAUUCCCUACCUACCAACUCCUUGGCUUUGCAAGAGAUG